CACGUGUUAAACACACACACAGGAUGAUGUUUCACUGGCUGAAGGUCGGUGCUGUAAGAACACAAACUCGGCGUGCGUUCUGCUGCUGUUCAAGUCAUUUAUUUCAACCUCCUUCCAAAGCCACAGUCCCCCCUCCACCAUGUUCGGCGCCUGCAUGGCCUUUGGAUUGUCAGCUUCAGCAAUAUUUGUUGUUUAAUUCAUUCUGAACUCUCUACACACACAGUGCUACUCCAAUGGCUCAUAUAAUCAUGGUCAUAGCGAUAAUUAGCCCUCAUGUCAUUGAGAGCCAAUUAUCUCGUAUUUAGUUCACAUUGUCUCGGUUGGAAUGACAAAAUGAAUUGUGUGGUUGAAGAACGUUGAGCUCAGCAUGAAUGGCUGGGGUUUACUAUAAAGUAAGUCGUUUGCACCACGACUGUGUCUGAAGGCAAAAAUGUCGACAGCGCCAGAUUACAAAUAACUUAAUCACGGCGUGUGGUCGCAGCGCUUGGUUGUGCACCUCUGCAUUCAAAUCUUUGUGCGUGGGCAAUCAGAGCUUCUCAGACGUGACUGUAACGAAUAGUUCACUGAUAAAAGCUUUAUCGACAUGAUUUUAAAUGAUUUCUAAAGGUCUUAAAAAUCUACAUUUGAGUAUGUGUUGUGCAGCCAAAUGUAAUUGUUUACGGGAUAUUCAAUCUACAAUUCGUGGUAAUGCAUUUAAUACUUGACUUUGAGGUAUGAGUUUACACAUAAUUGCAAUCCCUCCUUAGCAUUGUGGAGGUUGGUUUAUGCCGUUUGCAAUCUUAGUCAUCUUGCUUCUUCUCAGUACCUGUGGCGUUUCGGAGAAUAACAGAACCAGCAGCAUGCGCUUAGCUGUAAAGGCUAAGAUGCCACGCGCGAGUGUAAACAAAGCUUUAGAUCGUCUUCUCUCCAUCGCUAUCUUAGUUAACUGGUCAGUUACAAAGUGACACAAUCAGCCUUUAGCCCUCGUGAGUUCUACCUCAUUUGAUCGAACCAACCUUGCCUUUUGUUCUCCAUUCCACUGUCCUCACUUGAACCCUUUUUUCUCAGGCACCUCCCACGACUGGCGGCUGCGCUGUGACGCCGUGAACCUCUACUACACCUUGUUUGGUUUGACUCGACCCUCCUGCCUCCCCCUGCCAGAGCUGGGCCUUGUGCUCAACCUGAAGGAGAAGAAAGCUGUCCUGAACCCCACCAUCAAGCCCGAGCUGGUGGUCGGCGCUGUCAUGGACACGCCCGCCAGUAUAGGCAUCCAUGGCGUGGGCAUGAGCUACUCGGCUGUGGAUGAAGAGCCAGAUCCUGUCUCAUUGGGGGUGUGUGGGGUGGGCCAGCCCUCUCAGGGCCUGAAGAGGAAGGCUGAGACCCCGCUGGGCUCCCCUCCAGAGCCUGGACAGGUACUGCAGCAACAGGAGGAUGAAGCACGAGGAGGGCGCUUCAAGAUCAGGUUCAACACAAUGGAAGAUGAAGACAUUGAUAUGGAGACGGUUCAUGACAGUCAGGCCUUCAUUCACCAUCAUCUCAAUUUGUUAGAGAGGCCCUCCACACCAGGUAAAGAACCUCCGUCAGUCGAACAGUCCAUGCUGUCCAUGCCCGCCACGCCGGUGCCGUCCUUCCCCAAGGAGACCACGUCCUCGUCCUCCAAACACGCUGCCGAGCACGGCCACCACCAUCACCACCACCACCACGAGCACAAGAAGAAGAAGAAGAAGCACAAGCACAAACACAAGCACAAGCACAAACACGAGAGCAAGGACAAGGAGAAGGACAGAGAGAGGGACAACUCCCACGCCUACAGCAACAGCCCGGCCAGCGGCAGGUCCCUGCGCUCGCCGUCUCUGUCCGACUAAACCGUCUGGGGGCAAAGUUCGGCUUCCCACUGCUACUGGUUCAGUUAGCGUUAACUGGUUACAUCCGUCUUGCAGUAGCAGGCGUGCGUCUCUGGUGAGCAAAGAGACACAAAAUAGAACGCGAAAGGCUUUUAGUUUAUCUAAAUAUUCUCUACUCAGUGCUGUCAUCAUACAGGAAGAGUGUUGUGGACAAAGUGUGAAAGAAAAGGAUGCCGUUCCAAGUGUUGUGUUCCUCAGAUAUAUUUCAGGGCUGAAUUCCUCAGCAGAAGCAGCAGUCCGUUUUUGUUUGAGAGCGGAAACACAGACUUUUGAACUGAGGCUGCAAUGUCAUUAAGGUAAACCCUCCAGAGGCGUCCUUGUAUCCUCUCACACACACACACGGCCUGCAGAAGUGUGUGGACUUUAGACACCGCUUCCAAUCUGUCUGAGGCAUGCAACCACACACACCUCUCUCCACAAACAGGCAAAAACCUCCCUCCCUCACGUAGACACCGCUCUGGUGUGCCUCAUCCCCACAGCUCAAUCCCAACAUUCAGUGAGCGGCUUCUGAGGGGGAACCAUGAUGACUCGUGUGGAUUAAACCAUUCGGCCUGGACUGGCCCUCCGGUGUCUUUCACAUCCUGCAAAUGGCAUUUCCCCCCCAGUUUGUACUGCACAAUUGAAACUCAAGUAAUGCUCGUAUUUUUUUGUUUCAUUGAGGAUGAAAGAUACUUUUGUGCUCAAGGAUGUUUUAACUAGAUUGACUCCAGCUCCAUAAAAAAGGCAUUUAGUGCUGGGUUUACUCUGGCACCGUUUCCUUGUUUGGAUUAAACAAUGGGAAGAACAUGCAGAAUUCAAUAUUACCCAUUUAGGGUAUCGAAAUAGAGAUGCAAAGUGUUACAGAAUGGUUUUCUUGUUUAAUCAGCCUCCUAAAUGAGUCUUGCCUUGCCUAAAUACGAUGAACAAAAGACAAAGUCUUACAUUGAUGAAGUAGUCCCUGUCAGCAUUUAUUCCUCGUCCACACCUGUGAAUCAUCCCGGGAACCCUUGUCUCCAGAUUUCCCCUGACGGUUGUGAAUAACUGCUUAAACGGUUUAUUCCUCUUAGACACAAUAACCUCCUGAAAGCUACCAGACAAUGUUGGUUUCACAAACGUAGAGUAGAUACAAACCAGCCAUGACAUGAAUGUAGAGGAACGAGAGAUCACGUAGAAUUUACAAGCUUCAUGGAGAAUUAAGGAUGCUUCACUGAGGAAUUUGGCCCUAAUAUUUUCUACGCUGGAAUUUGUUUUGUAAGAUUUGUUGAUUUCAUUGUUUUUUUUUAAAUAAAUUGAAUGCAAUUUUAUUUUUAUUUAUAUUUGUGCCGAACGCAAUACAAGAACGAGCAAUAUUGAUGCUUUUGUGUAAACUUUUGUGUAAACUUUGUGGCAACUUUUGAGCUACAUGGAAGACAUUCAACAUUUUUUUUCAAACAUCAAACUGGGGGUGCUCCGACCUUCAUCUAUAAGUAGCUAUUACAACCCCACUUCAAAACAUCUGUGUUACCAUUACACACCACCAUAGCUAUAGCCUGUCCCAAUGAACAGUCAGACUAAUUCAUUUAACAUUACUGCCAAGAUACUUUGGGGCGUGUUUCCGACAGUGACAAUGACAUAUUUUAAACGGCAUUUUACAACAUUUAAUUGUAGUUUUUAUUAUGAUUUUAUAAGUACUGGCCAUAAGUAGUGGGGUCUCUAAAUUAGGGUAAUUUACGUUGUUUAACACAAUUCUUGUCACCCAAGUGUUUAUACUUUGGGAAGAAACCAGAUCACCUGGAGAAAACUCAAACCUAAGACCUUUUUUGAUGUUAUCCCUUGUGCCACCCUCACCCACUCAAGGGGCCUCCCUAAAAUGUGGUAUUCCCCCCGGGGGCGGGGCCUCACGUCCUGCAUCGCACUCGUCGGCUUGUAUCUAUCGUCACGUCACUUUUUGAAUAAGCUAUCUGAACUGUAAACUGCAAAGUUGUUCCCCUAAGAUUAAAGCCACAGGAGGCCUCGUGCCUAUUAACUUCAAACAGAGAUGACUUUCUUUGUUUUUGGGAUCAUCGAUUUACGAAGAUGCAUGGCACUGCCGUCGAGACUACAAUGCACUUGAUACUUAGAUGUCCAACAACAAACCUCUUCAGCUAGUUUGCCCAGUUUCCCAAGCUUUAGAUAUAAAACAAUUAGAUCAAAUAAAUUAAAUAAUUCAGGAUUUUUGUCCUGCAUUCUUGCAGAGGGCUGUAGAAGUCAACUCUUUUUCACAUCUAACGUGGAAUUAUGGGUUUAUUUUGACUUAACCAAAAUUGGGUAUUGAACAGUGGAGAGACUAUCCAUGCCGGGUUAGGUGAGAUUAAUUAAUAUCAAUAAAGAGUUUAUAAACAGCACUUCACUUUAAGUGUGAAAAAGUGUUUGCCCCCUUCCUGAUUUCUUAA